AUGCGCUGCACGAUCAUACUGCUACCCUUUAUUGUAAGCUGCGCCGCUGUGGCCACGAGCUUAGCACAAUCUUGCGUCGCACCAGCCGAACGAAAGGAAUGGAGGUCUUUACCGGACACAGAGAAAGCGAACUACAUUAGCGCUGUCAAAUGUCUCUCGACCAGACCGUCCAAGAUUGGACUAUCAACAAGUCUUUAUGAAGACUUUCCAUGGGUGCAUGCGAAGCUAAACUCAUACGUCCAUUUCGUUGCCUCGUUCCUCCCUUGGCAUCGUUGGUUCGUCCAUCUCUAUGAAACUGCUCUCCGCGACGAGUGUAACUACACGGGUUCAAUGCCAUAUUGGGAUUGGACACAGGAUUCUGGCGCGCUUCCCUCAUCACCAGUCUUCUCGGAGUCUACAGAGACCGGGUUUGGAAGUGGAGGACUUUAUUCGGGGUUCAGCUCGCCUUCUCGUCCAAACCCAUUGACUUCAUGUGUUACGACUGGAGCAUUCGCCAAUUACAGCUUGACAUACUACGUCAACAAUGUGAAUCCACAUUGUCUGAAUAGGCAAUUCAACAAUGGGACUGGCACUUUAUCCACAGACCCUUUGUGGCAAGCAGUUUUCUAUUCGCCAGCCACAGUUGCGAAUAUAACUGACAACUCUACCACCUACGAGACAUUUUGGCAGGCCCUGGAGAACACACCACAUGGAGCUAUUCAUAACGUGAUUGGCGGCGACAUGGUUCCGUCGACAUCACCAAAUGGUAUGGCAACGUUCACCAAUCUAAAUGAUCAAUAA